CCUGCGCCGCAAACCAUGCUGGGAAAUAACGAGCACUUUUAUCCCGGUCAGGAUGACAAAGAUGGGGAGGAUGAGGAGGAGGAGGAGGAGCAGGGCAGAGAAACCCGCAAAGGGGAAGGUGGACGUGGCAUCGAGAACGGAGGGUUAGACGGUCUGGUGGAGAAGGAGAUGACGGGAGGAAGACAAUCCUGGGAAGGCAAAGUUGGCGACGUUGCCAAACCGGCAGCCAUUGUGGUGGGUAGGCAGAGAGCAGACCGGCCCGCCAGGUCGGGCAACCGUGGGGUCACUUACACAUCCGAUCGAGCCGCCCUACAUCAUCCAACGGCCAAUAAAACGCAGCAUCACGGCACGGUGGCCAAUCAGCAUCACGCGGGCUCUAAUGCAGCGUACAAGAGAAGAGCUCAUAUGGAGCGCAGCAUGACCACCAUGGCGCCGAUGGAGGACACCUUCCUCACCAUGAUGGUGUUCCGCAUUGGGAUUCCUGACAUCAAACAAACAAGGUGUGUCCAGUUUGACCAGGACUGCAUAGUGUGGAACGCUAAGCAGCAGAUCAUCUGCUCCCUCAGCGAGACCUUGUGGGACGUCUACAACUAUGGCCUCUUCCAGCCGGCGGGAGAAGGCCGGGACGCCAAAUUCUUGGAAGAGGAGAGGACCUUGAGGGAAUACUCGCAUUCCUUUGAGAAUGGGGUGCCUUACCUGGAGUUUAGAUACAAAACCAGAGUGUAUAAGCAGACAAAUCUGGAUGAAAAGGCCCUUUCCAAGCUCUGUACCAAGGCCAGUCUGAAGAAGUUCAUGGAUUACGUUCAGACUGUAGCGCUGGAGAAAAUGCUCAAAGUCCUGGAUAAAGGCCUCGAUCCAAAUUUUCACGACCCGGAAAGUGGAGAGACCCCACUGACUGUGGCCGCGCAGACGGGCGUGCCGGUGGAGGGCAUCAGGGCUCUGGUUCAGGGCGGAGCUCAUUUGGACUUCAGAAGCAGAGAUGGCCUGACUGCAGUGCACAAAGCAGUCAGGGUUCACAAUCAUACCGGGCUGCUGGCUCUCUUGUCAUUGGGAAGCUCGUCAAACUACAAAGACCGAAGUGGCCUGACCCCGCUGUACCACACCGUCCUGACAGGGGGCGACACCUCCUGCUGCGAGACUCUGCUUUAUUACCGGGCCAAGUUGGGGACGAGAGAUGAGAAUGGCUGGGAUGAGUCUCAUCAGCACAGGGAUGAAGAGGAGUUUGGAAUGGAAGAAAUACAUAAGGCUUGCCAGAACGGUUUUGCCCAACACUUGGAGCAUCUGCUGUUUUAUGGGGCAGACGCCUCCUCUCAGAAUGCUUCAGGGAAUACCCCACUUCACAUUUCUGCCCUGUACAACAAAGAAAGCUGUGUCCGUGUUCUUUUGUACAGGGGAGCAAAUAGGGAGGCAAAGAACAAACAUGGUCAGACUCCUUUUCAGCUGUCCGUAAUGUCUGGUCAUUUCGAACUUGGGGAAAUCAUCAAAAACCACAAAGAUUCAGAUAUAGUACCUUUUUUGGAGUCACCAAAAUAUGUCCCCAAGCGAAAAGAAAGUUCCCAUACGCUGCCUCUCCCCUCAUUGCAGUCCUACCCCUUACUGCGCGCUAACAGCGACAACACCAUGACCCACUCUGAUCCUGUGGUUAUUCCCAACAAGGCCGCAACCACUCCCAACCCAGCUCAGGGCCACCGCAGGGCCUCCAUUGGCUUGCGAAGCUCCAGCAGCCCCAGAAAUCGCACCCGUUCACCAUCACGAGGACGAGGAGGCCAGAGCGACACCGAGGAGCGGCACCGGCAGCCACGAGGCAGGCAGGGGGUGACCCCUGCAGGCAGCGGGGGAGGUCAAAUGAAGCGAAUGUACAGCGCAGUGCCAGGGCGAGUAUACGUGGCCACUCGGGCGCACUCUGCUAGUGGAGAGAGACAGCUGUCACUCAACAAAGGGGACAAAGUUAAAGUGUUAAGCGUCGGCGAGGGAGGAUACUGGGAAGGAACGGCGAAAGGUCGCACUGGGUGGUUCCCCUCGGACUGUGUGGAGGAAGUGGCACCUGUCAACAAGGACAAUCGAGCAGAGACACGCAGCGUGAAAGCCAAGCGGAAGCUUUUCCGUAACGUCACAGUCGGCGCCUACGACGGCACCGAUGGUCCCAGUGACUACAUCAUUAAGGAGAAGACAGCACUCCUGCAGAAGAAAGACAAUGAGGGAUUUGGCUUUGUACUUAGGGGAGCCAAAGCUCAGACUCCCAUAGAGGAAUUCACUCCGACGCCAGCGUUCCCAGCGCUGCAGUACCUGGAAUCUGUCGAUGAGGGGGGCGUGGCGUGGAGGGCCGGCCUAAGGAUGGGGGAUUUCCUCAUCGAGGUGAAUGGCCAGAAUGUGGUCAAGGUAGGACACCGGCAAGUGGUCAACAUGAUCCGACAGGGUGGCAACAGUCUCAUGGUGAAAGUUGUCAUGGUUGCUCGAAACCCCGAGCUGGAGGAUACUGCUCGAAAGAAAGCCCCGCAGCAGACCAAAAGGCUGACUCCUCCCGCCAUUGCCCUGCGCUCCAAGUCGAUGACAUCAGAGCUGGAAGACAUGGUGGACAAAGCUGCCUCGCCAUGGAAAAAGAAAGCAGACUACGAUUCCUCUCAGGGUCCUGAUAAGAAGAGGACAGUCUAUCAGAUGGCACUGAAUAAACUUGAUGAAAUCUUGGCUGCUGCCCAGCACACGAUUACAUCAGACAACCAAGGCCAAAGAGGUCACGGAGGCAAGAGGGACCGGAGCAAGAGUAUUGUUCCUAAUGUCUCCAAUGAGCCAACGUACGAGCUGCAAUCAACAGUAAAUACCAGACCUGGUUUUACCUACAACCAAGCCCACUUUCAACCAGCCCAACAUGCAGUCAUGAUGCGUCAAAAAUCCAUUGGUAUAACUGAGGAGGAGAGGCAGUACCUUCAUCCACCGGCUAUGAAGUUGGCUCGUAGCCUGUCAGUGCCAGGACCGGAAGAAAUCCCCCCACCACCGAAUACAUCAGCACCUGAGCCACCAUUAUCCGCAGGCCCUCAUCCUGGGAGAGGGCCUGCAAUGCCCAUACCCCCAGUAUUUCAAGACCACUUCCAGCUCCAGUCCCAGCCAAGCCAUCCUAAUCAAUCAGGGUGGGAAAGAGGAGGCGGGGUGAACCAGCAGAUUAUGGUCUCCACUCUCCGCAGACAAUCGGAAGGACUGUGCGCCAGGGAGCAAGAGGCACCCAGGCGAGGCGGUGGCAAGAUGGGAGGGUUAAGAAGGGGCUACAGCAGCGCUACACCACCAACAAGCGCUAAACCUAAAACCCAACAAAAUGUGCCACAUCAUUCGCAUGUAGCCACUCGGGAGCAAAGUGGAGGGACCGGCAGGGGGGCAGCCCGGAGGGGAGGUCGGGGCGCCCUGACUAAACAGUCUAAAGUUGACGAUGGACUGCGACAACAUCGUGGGAAAGGUGGCGCAGCCAAAGAGAAGACCUCCAUCCCUAUCCCAACCAUCAUCGUCAAAGCGCCCUCCACCAGCAGCAGUGGUCGAAGCAGCCAGGGUAGCAGCAUGGAGGCGGAAGUCCCACACGAUGCAGAGGACCACAACUCUGCUCAGCCAUCUCUGGAAAGCCUCGACUCCACUCUACCUUCACCCCUCACCUCAACGCCACCCCAGCCCCCGACAUCCACCUCCGUGCCCCAAUCGACUGCCGCUCCUCUGGUUUCUAUGAAGCAAAAUAUGGAGAACGUAGACUACUCUUCGACUUUUGGUAUGACUUUUGGAGGUGGAGGGGCACGCAGGGAGAGGGAACGUUUCCGUGACAUGAGAAGAAAGAGUGCUUCUUUCUUCCUCUCAUCUGAAGAGGACAUCCAGGAAGAGGUGGGAGGGGGAGGAGGGGAGGGAGGGGAAGCACUAAAUGCAAGGAUUCAGCCAUUACAGAGCUCACAGAUGGAAGUACCAAGUCCUCGACUGCGGCCCUCCAAGUCCAUAGAUGAGGGCAUGUUUUCUGGAGACAAUUACGUCCACUAUUCUAGCAGCAUGCCUCCAGCCUUUGGCCUGCCUGAGUAUUCUUCUCCUUCUCUCAGCCAAGAUGGUCAACCCAAGUCGGCGCCGUCAGUGUAUGGCUUCCAGCCAGCUACUACUUUUAUCCACCCACUCACAGGGAAGAUUCUAGAUCCCUCGUCUCCACUUGGACUCGCACUCGCCGCAAGGGAGAGAGCCCUCAAGGAUGACCGCAGGACUCGACGAGAGGAGAGACACUUUGGUCGGCAGCUGUCCACAGUGGGAGCGUUUUCCACCCCCACCCAGACCCCAACACCCUCUCUUUUUGCGACCCCAACACAAUCUACGUACACGUCACCGGUUUCCCUUCACCUGACCUCCCCCACCACCACCACCUCGCCCGCAUCUCAGAGUCGGCCUCAGUCACCAAGGAUCUUACGCAUGGGAGGCGGAGGGGAGAAGAUGGAGCGAGACAAGGAUGUAGGACAUAGAGAAGGUCUGAGAGUUCGUUUCUCAGAGGACAGAAACAGCCAAUAUUCAAGCCAGUAUAACCCACAAAACCCCUCGGAGAGACAAAAGGAGGCCCAUGACAGUAGACCUGUUCCCCCCGUACAGCCUCCACCACCCCCGGCUCAGCCCGCCCCUCGCAGGCCUUCCUUUCUGCAGAUGGAAAGCACUCCUAACACCAGCUACAUCCCCCAGUACACCGUCCCUACAGCACCUGAUGCGAUGGGAGAGGCAAAAGCAGAAAACCUGGGAAUGAUGGUUCUGCCUCCACCGGCUCCCUCAAUAGAUGUAGAUGAAGAGUUUGUCUUUGCAGACCCUUUGCCCCCUCCGUUACAGUUUGCCAAUGGCAAGAAUGAAAGAGUGAAGGACUACCACCAGCACUACCAACAUGCCAGUCAACGAUGUGCUGCUCCACUGCCGCCUCCCCUACCAUCUCCUAAGACCCAGAGCAUUCCUCAAACCUCUUCACAGGGUGGUGACUCUGCUGCCUCUAGCCUUACCUCCUACGACAGCGAGGUGGCUACCCUGACACAGUCCUCUCUUUCGCCAUCUUUACCAUCCCCUGCUCUCCCUGCCACCAACCUACACAGACCUCAACCGAUAUCCCAUUCGCAGUCGUAUUACACCAACGACCCAUUGGUGGGGCGUGACGCCACAUCUCACGACAGAGGCACAGCCGCCCUCACCACGACCAUGACGUAUGCCACCACUACUAUGACAGCUAGUGCGGCCGCCACAACCACCAUAACCUCUACAGCUUCAGACUACAGCACGACUGUGGGAGGACCUCAAGCCGGCUUCAGCACAGGAGGCAGAGCUGCUAACCACAUUCACCACCCCGCUCAUGUACCCAAGAGUGGAGAAUGGCAAGAUUCAGUGGUAGAUUCUGGGAUUGAGGAGCUGGAUAGUCACAGCAGCAGUGACCAUCAUAUUGAAAUGUUGGGAUUGACUGGUCCGAGAGGAGAGAGGAGUGGCAUCGGAGAAGAUGGAGCUUGCAGUGAAGGGCGAAAAGCUGGUGCACCUCAGGAUCCUUCUUCAUCUUACAGCGGUGGGCAAAUGUUUGAGGUACAGAACAUCAAAUUAGCAAACCCUGCUUUUCCAAAGAUGACUCAUUACAAGGAGGGAGCGGGGAGGGUCCUGCCUGUUGCACUACGAAGGCAAAACAGCACCAACCCUGCGCCUUUGCAACUGCACAGACAAAACAUCCCAGACAAUAUCAGGAUAGAUGUAGCCCUACCUGAUGAAAGGAGACUUGUGCAGAAUAGACCCAUAAUGGAGGACGACUUCAGCGCUACAUUGGCCGCCUGCUUAGACAGGCCCAUUGAUACUCGGUCGGCAGGCUGGGGGGAGGUCGGUGAGCACGAGCAGCUCCAGAGAGCCGGCGUGGCUUUGGAUGCACGCAGGCUUCACUCGCCUCUCUCAGGUGUGAAGGCCAGCAUCAUCAAUGAGCUGAGUUCCAAGCUUCACCACAUGAGUAGCAUGAGGAGCAUGGACGACUGGAGCCACACCCCAAAAUCACCCACCAUACACAGGUUUUCCGCAGAUUUCUCCGACGCAUUUCACAGCCCCCCUACUGGCCGCUCCACUUCACCCUUGCCCACUUCCUCCCCUCAGCACCAUCAAGUACCCCAUCCCAAUCUGUCGGCCAAGCCCUCCGUAUCCCCUUCCCCGCAGGUACCGGGACAACGCAACUGGACCCGUUCCCCCUCGCCGCAGAUGCCACCCUCCCCGGUCCACUCGCACCCUCCCCACUCGCCGACCUACUGCCCGUACCCGACGUCGCCGAAGCAUCGCUCCAAGAUGCGGCGGCAGACUUUCGACUUCCAGUGCAGUCCCACUCAGGAGAUGCGAUCCUCCGUUUCCCGACGCCGCGCACCCAGCCCUCUUAUCUAUAACACCGAACAGCCCAACCCCACCCCACCGCGACCAUCCUCCCUGCCCAUUCUUCCCAGUACGCCAGUCUACAGUAACCCCUUUGAAUUCCCAGGACCCCUCACCCCUCCUUCUCCCGGCAUCCCUCUAGGAGACACCUACACGGCCUCAACACCGCCGGUUUUCUCCCCGUCUGGUGCGCCGAGUCCGAACCCAUUGCUCGUCUCCCGCUCUCUGUCCCCCACCCAUUAUCUCUCUGGAGCCUCCUCCCCGUUGCAUUUGCCCCCGAGCCCAUCCUGCCACAACUACCCCCACCUUACCCCUCCUCCGCCGGCCAAACCCUUCGCUCUCAAGCCGCUGCCCUACUGGACCAAGUACGAUGUGGCCGACUGGUUGGCUUACCUGAACCUGGGCGAACACAUAGAGCGGUUCAUCGAUAAUGAAAUAGAUGGAUCUCAUUUACCCUCGCUCACCAAGGACGACUUCUUGGACCUGGGGGUAACUCGCGUGGGGCAUCGAAUGAACAUCGAGAGGGCGCUGAAGAAACUCACUGAUAGGUGAGGGAAGACUGUCAAGCAGCAGGGUCAUAGAUCAAAAAGGAAGGGGAAUAUCAUUCCAGAAAACCUGGAUCCCUACUUUUCUUUAACAUCUGAUUACAAUUCGGUUUUUUAAGUCAUCUUCCCUCAAUCCUUCGCCCCUUACGAAUGACCGCUUUUGUUUCCCUUCUACGUUGAUUUGCCCUCCUUCUCUCUCCAGGCCUUUGCAUGUCACUACUACCCCCAGAGACACAGAUUGUAGAUUGAGAAUUGGGGAGAUUGAAAGAUGACAAAAAAUGUGAGAGAAACACAUGACUUGGCAGAGGAACAUUAACAGAAGAUGUGGAAGAGGAGAACAGCGGACUUCAGCACUCCUUAUCAGGCUGGUUAAGUUGGCAUCUGAUUUGCAUAUUAGCGCGGUGGUUCAAACCACAGUGGCGAAAUGAAAUAUACAGUGAAACCCCGUUUAUUGCAAGGGACACGUUCCAGACCCGACCGCGAUUUCAAGAGACUGUAUACAUAACUUUUAUAACUAUCAAUAACAGUUUCAUCCCUUCUAUGCGCUUAAAACACUUUUUAAAGUAUUCCUUUGCACCUGUUCUCACUCUCUCACAGUGAAGAAAUGGGAUUUGUUUCCCAGUUGAAGUUUACGGCAAAACUGACAAAACAAAAGAGAUUUACAGAUUGUGCAUCUUAACACCAAAAUUUUCAACCAAACCACAUCAUUUCAUCAACGAAGGUCCGCUGGCUUAAUGCUGACAUACAAUGCGAAAGGCCAAAGACGACUCACGAAAUUAGCAUUAAUUUCACGGUGAUUAUAACCCUUAAAACAACUGCUACUUUAACACACAGGCAGCAGUAACGCAUACAAACAGAGCAUACAGUAAUACUCACAAGCAUACAGUGGAACCUGUUUCCGUAAUAACUCCGUUCCAGAAUCGUACGAAAACCGCAGGAAAUAAAGGAAAUCCAAUUCAGUCACUCCAGACCCUGUAAAAAUAUUAACAAUUUUGUUUUACUCGAGAAUAAUUAUAGUUUUAACGACAUAAAUCAGCGUGAAAUGAAUAUAAAUGACUAAUGAAGUGGAUAAUAGAACAUUUAGCAUCACUUUUACCUUUAGCGAAGACUCUUGAUGGCGUACGAAAAAGGCAGCAAGGAGGGAAGGGAGGGGGCCAUUUUUUGUACUCUGUUGUUUCUUGAAUUCUACAGUGUUUCUCGCCUACUUUUCUGUCGUAUUGUGUAAAAACACUUCCACAAUGCAACAAUGCAAAAUUUGUUCACAAUAUAUAUAAAUAUAUAUAUAUAUCUGCGUGUGUAUAUCUAUAGAUAGCUAGAUAUACACACACAUGUAUAUAUGUGUGUGUGUGUGUAUAUAUAUGUAGCUAUAGAUAUAGAUAGAUAGAUAGACAUGCAUAUCAAUAUAUACACACAUAAAUAUAUAUAUGUAUAUAUACUAAAUUUGAAAUUGCCAUAAAAAUGGUCACUUAAGAACGGCCGAUGUAGCGUGAAUGGUGAACUGCGAUAUACUGGGGAUUCACUGUAUAUCACAAAAAGAAAAACUUUAUUAACAGGCAGUGGAACACACACACACACACACUCAUGCGCAAGGACAGACGGAUUGUCACACCAUCUGCUCCCAACGCUGAGUAAACACCAGUCUGACUUUAUAAAAAUGCUUAAAGGGUAAACUCCACUAAAAUCUUGCCAGAAACACAAGGACCUCAUUGUGACAUCACUUUGUUGCAUUACGUGGCCAAUGUCAGAUGACGACAAGAGGAGGAUUUUUUUUGUAGCUGAUGAAGAAAGUCGUUAGAAUAAUAGUAUUUGUUUUGAUCUUUUUGCCAUGUUCCCCCCAAAAAUCCAAUAAUAAGCUUUGUAUGUGUGUUACUUGCAAGCACUAAAUAUAUAUGACAUGUUAAACAGGAUUCACUAUUAGCCAUUAUUAGGUUUGUAUUAGGAGCAAACUCAUUUCAAAUCACUCAAAGUAGUCAUGCCGGGACGAUGCGCUUGUGGAAGACGCUUUCAUUUAUUUAGUAGCAAAGGAGUGUUAGGGCCACGCCGUAAUGUAACGAGAAUAAAGUCGGAAAAAAAGUCGGAACGUUAACAAGAAACACGUCAGACUUUUUAACGAGUGAAUGUGAGAAUUCCCACACUAAUGUGAACGCAACAGUCGGAGCGCGGCAGCCGCUGUCUGCCAUAUAGUUAGUGUUUAGUGGGUAAUGUGACGCCAUACAUUUAUUUACGUUCAUAAUAGUAUGAUUUUCCCUGUCAUAUUUUUAA